AUGGUGUCCUUUGAGAUGAAUGACCUUAAGAGUAUGCACCUGGCACAAUUCUUUUCAACUUGCGCUACUGGAAGUGUCGAAACGUACCCUGUAUGUCAUAUCUCCCAACAAAUAUUUAUUAGUAUCCCAAUGCUUAUCCUUAGUAUCCCAAUCGACUAUGAUACAUCAGAGAUACUCUUCCUGUCAGGUUUGGGUUUGACAAUCGGUCUGAAAUCAACAAUGCAGUUCUUCACAAAGCCUAAGAAUUACAAGGGUACCAUCUCAUUUGGCGCAGGCUUUUUCCUGGUUCUCAUUGGAUGGCCUUUCUUUGGCAUGCUCUUAGAGGCAUAUGGUUUUAUCGUACUCUUCAGUGGAUUCUGGCCAACUCUCGCAGUUUUCCUGCAAAGGAUUCCUAUCCUUGGCUGGAUUUUUCAACAACCAUUUGUCACUUCGUUCCUUGACCGUUACAGAGGGAAACGAGUGCCGGUGUAG